UCUCUCUCUCUCUCUCAAAUUGCUUUUUUAUAAUAGAAAGAAAAUGGCAAGCCAAGGUAAAGAAGGAUAUGGAGUUUCGGAACAGAGGAUUGACUGUGAAUUCAAGGUGGUGCUAAUAGGAGACUUUGAGGUUGGGAAGUGUCAGAUACUGGCACGUUGUGAACGCGAAGAGUCCAAGACUGGUACCGCCAUUACUGUCAAGUAUGAGACCCAAACCCUUCACAUCGAGAAAAAGAGUGUCAAGGCCCACAUUUGGGGAAUCAUUCGCCAAGAACGAAACAAUGUAGAUUCACAUGCAGAUUACAAGGAUGCUGAUGGGGUAAUACUGGUUUACGACAUAACUAACCGCAAGAGUUUUGAUUGCAUGACUCUUUGCCUGGAAGAGCUGCAUCGCCAUGCAAAGAAGAGACAAGCUAUCAUUCUGAUAGGGAACAAAAGUGAUUCCGAGAAUGAUCGUGAAGUUCUAAGAAAGGAAGCUCGUGGAUUUGCUGAGAAGAACGGUCUGAUUUUCUGGGAGAUCUCAGCAUUGGAAGGAACUAAUUUUGAUAAUGCCUUAAAGGAUUUGUUGACAAAGCUUGUGGACAUUAAAAACAAUAAUACCACCAAUAAUACCACCAACAGCAAUAAUACCACCACCAGUACCACCACCUAUACCACCACCUGCAAUAAUACCACCAAUACCACCACCAGCAGCCACAAUAAUAACAACGACUAUCAGAAUAAUGGCAGCAACAAUUGGAAUCCGCGCAAUAUAAAACAAAAUAUAUAUUUUUAUUUAAAGAUCGUUGUACCACACAACCAUAGAUUCUAA